UAGCAACAUAUACUGAGUGGACCGGAAGUAGCUAUAACAGACCGGAAGGGCCCCCACGCGUUCCCGGAAACGUCCCGGCACGGGGAACGGAAGAGAAGACCCCGCUCGCCGGCGAGCAUUCAAGAUGGCGGAGGUGGGAGAGGUGACCGAGGGCUGCUGGCUGCCCCUGCUGCGUCGCAACCAGGAUAACGAAGAUGAAUGGCCUCUGGCUGAAAUCCUCAGUGUUAAGGACAUCAGCGGCAGGAAGCUUUUCUACGUACAUUACAUUGACUUUAACAAGCGUCUGGAUGAAUGGGUUACCCAUGACCGGCUGGACUUGAAGAAGAUCCAGUUCCCCAAGAAGGAAGCCAAGACUCCCACCAAGAAUGGGCUUCCUGGCUCCCGGCCCAGCUCUCCAGAGCGGGAAGUGAGGAAGACCUUGGAUCUAUCUCUACAACCUGCCUCAGCUCCAGCCAGCGGUAAAACCCUGCCCAUCCCAGUGCAGAUAACGCUCCGCUUUAACCUGCCUAAGGAGAGGGAGGCUGUUCCCGGGGAGCCUGACCAACCCCUCUCCUCCAGCUCCUGCGUCCAGCCGAACCAUCGGACAACGGUACGCACCGGCGCCGGGGAUACCUCCCCCAUCUCGUAUCCUCAGCAUGGUCUGGGCGUGGCCACAAGCUGGGAUCGCGCCAGGUCGCACAAGCUGGCCGGGGUCGGGCUAGGUCUGGACUUGCAUGGGAAGCCCCCAAGGCAUGGUGCUGGGGAUUCAAAACGGAAGGUGGAGGUGGUUUCCCCUGCAACCCCCGUCCCUGCUUCGACAGAGACCACUCAAGCCUCUGUGUUCCCCCAGAACGGCUCAGCCAGGAGAGCUGUGGCUGCCCAGCCUGGCAGGAAGAGGAAAUCCAACUGCCUGGGCACAGAUGAGGACUCCCAGGACAGCUCAGACGGUAUCCCUUCAGCCCCGCGCAUGACUGGCAGCUUGGUGUCGGACCGCAGCCAUGACGACAUCAUCACGCGCAUGAAGAACAUAGAGUGCAUCGAGCUGGGCCGGCACCGCCUGAAGCCCUGGUACUUCUCACCCUACCCGCAGGAGCUCACCACCCUGCCUGUGCUGUAUCUCUGCGAGUUCUGCCUCAAAUAUGUCAAGAGCCUCAAGUGCCUGCAGAGGCACCUAACCAAGUGUGACCUACGGCACCCACCUGGGAACGAAAUCUACCGCAAAGGCACUAUCUCCUUCUUUGAGAUCGACGGGCGCAAGAACAAGAGCUACUCACAGAACCUCUGCCUGCUGGCGAAGUGCUUCCUGGACCACAAGACCCUGUACUAUGACACUGACCCCUUCCUCUUCUAUGUCAUGACAGAGUAUGACUGCAAGGGCUUCCACAUCGUGGGCUAUUUCUCCAAGGAGAAGGAGUCCACAGAGGACUACAAUGUGGCCUGCAUCCUAACCCUGCCUCCAUACCAGAGGCGAGGCUAUGGCAAGCUGCUCAUCGAAUUCAGCUAUGAGCUCUCCAAGGUGGAAGGGAAAACAGGGACACCAGAAAAGCCACUCUCAGACCUGGGGCUUCUCUCCUACCGCAGUUACUGGUCCCAGACCAUCCUGGAGAUCCUAAUGAACCUGAAGUCUGAGAACGGAGAGCGCCCACAGAUCACUAUCAAUGAAAUCAGCGAGAUCACCAGCAUCAAGAAGGAGGAUGUGAUCUCCACACUGCAGUAUUUGAAUCUCAUCAAUUACUACAAGGGCCAGUACAUCCUGACACUCUCAGAAGACAUAGUGGAUGGGCAUGAGAGGGCAAUGCUGAAGCGGAUCCUGCGCAUUGACUCCAAGUGUCUGCACUUCACCCCCAAAGACUGGAGCAAAAGGGGGAAGUGGUGAGAAGCAGGGCUUGUCUGCCAUCAACUCCGUGGUGGCCCUGACAUGGGGCCUCCUAAUCAUCCAGCUAACAUGCAGCUCCUGGGAGCUUACCCCAGAGCUGGGACAGACCAGACAACAGCAUCUGCAAGGGUGAUCAUGUGCUCAGCCAUGGGGUCAGGCUGGAGCUGCAUCGUUCUCCACCCAUGGCUGGACUCCAUUGAAGGGGGCAGAGGCCCCUAUGCUGCUCUCCUUGUCUCAGCGCCAGAGCGAAGGCCCCAUUUGUAUCUAAGACUUGCAUCGUGCCAGGCCACCCUGUGCAAUGUGGGCUGUGACUAAGGAGCCCAAAGGCUGAGACUGGGUGGCCCUGGGACCCCGGCAGCUGGCCGGCUUCUGCGUUUCUCUGUCACUCACUCACUCUUGAGUUUUUUUAUAAAAGACCCAGGACCUAAAAUGAUUGAUCCUGGCCCUUUUUAAUCAGCUGGAGGAGGACGAGGAAUGUUCUGGCUGCAUUACCCUCCCCAGGGCUGUGCAAUACCCUGAGCAACAACUGUGCUCUACUCCAGAGACUCAGGGGCAGCCACUCCAGCUGCAGCAUUCCCUGCACAAUGAAUAUGUCCCAGUCCUGGAAGGGUGCAGGCUGGGGCUGUGGCCAAACACAAGGUUAGGGCCUCAAAGUUACUAUGCUCCCUGUGCCCUGAAACAGCAGGUGUCCCCUAGCACCAGAGGCUGCAGCUCUGAGCGGUGGUCUGACUGUUCAGGCCAAGACACUUAGAGCUGCGCACUAAUCUCUGCUCCUCCUCCCCUCCAUUGUCUGAGAGACUCCUGGUGCUGAUCCCCAUCCUGCUAUGGUGGCCAAGCCCCUGCACCUGACUAGCUCUACCCUACCCUUACUGACCUGGCAAUGGGCCCAACUGCUGUCCCCAGCCAUACUAUGGAGUCAAGCCUUGCAAACAGCAUGUUCCCCCUGUCAAAGUAGCAGUGCUGAACAUGGGGCAAGAAUGGUUCUGUGAGGGCACAGGCAUGGGUGCAAAGCCUGUGGCAGGCUGGAGAAGGGAUUAGGGCAGGAGUGGGGAACCUUUUGGAUCAGGGCUGCUGACCCCCAGAAAAAUUAGUUGAGAGCUGUACACAAGUGAGAAGCCAAAAAAACAACCACCACAAACCCUCAAUUGAUGUGGCCCCUGCUGGGAAGCAGAAAGACAGUUCCCACAUUCUCUUCACACCCCAGAGCCUCAAGGGGCCCAGGCUGGUAGAUUUUGUGUGCUCCAGCCCUGUGGUGGGGGAAGAAGGGGGGGCUGGAGUGCCAGCACAUGCUCCCCAAUGCUGGGGUGGUGGCUUAGAGCCGUGGGAGCCAAAUCCAGGCCUUAAAUUAGGGGAAGAAGAGGCUGCAAGCACAACCCUGCUGCCCUAACUGGUCAGUGCUGCUAGGGGCUCUUGAA